AAUCUAUAAAAACAUAGUCUAUGAUUAUAUGUAUUCAAUGUUAUAAAUUGCCGUCAGUCUUAACCUUUUUGAAUAGCUCUUAAUACUCAGGUUAUAUUCUAUUAUUAAUUGUUAGAUUUAAAAUUUAACUUUUUCCAUUAUCGAAAUUACUUCGAGAAAAAUGCAUUCUUACGGCUUAUAAAAUUUAAUGUCGAACAAAGAUAUUUUUUUUUGUUCAAUGGAGUGUUUGUAUAUCAUUUCUGUGUUCACUAUCAUUUCUAUAGCUGAUCUAGUUACCUUUGGGUAACCAUAUAAACUUAUCAUUUAUCAUAAAUUUACGUCAAUCGGUUUGUUUUUUCUUGAUUCAACUAAACACAGUCGAUAAACUUUAACAAAUUUUAGUGAGUUUGUAUUAUCAGGAUAAUUGACUUAACAAACUUUGAGCCAUUUGUUUAUAAUGGCCUCAUCAAAUAUAGGUAUACAAACAGGCUCUGCUUGGUUUCAAAGAAAAAUAAAUCUCCGGCCUCAACAUCGAGGUGUUCACCUUGUUACAGAGGAAAUACUGAGACAAAUUCCGGAGCUUAGUCAAUUUUCAGUUGGUCUAUGUCAUAUCCAAAUUCUUCAUACUUCGGCAAGCCUAGCACUUAAUGAAAGUUGGGAUCCCGACGUAAGAGAUGAUAUGGAAAUGAUGUUGAAUAAAAUAAUUCCUGAGGAAAUGCCGUAUAGACAUAGUUGUGAAGGACCUGACGAUAUGCCAGCGCAUGUAAAAGCCUGUUUUCUUGGUUCUUCUCUGAGUAUUCCAAUCACCGAUGGAAAAUUGGCUUUGGGUACCUGGCAAGGCAUAUGGUUUUGUGAACAUAGGAAUAACGCUGGCAGUAGAAAAUUGAUUGUAACUUUAACUGGUUGUCUCAGAGAUUCAACACGAAGUCCUAUGAGCCCUGUUAGUCCAAUUGCUUCUACAAGUAGCUAGGACUAUUCUCCCUCCCAUCACUAUGGAAAACAUCGACGAUGCAUUUCAACACCUAGCCAAUCAAGCUAGCAGUUAUUAAAUUACAGUUUCAUCGUAAGGUAUACUUCUUGAAAGAGUAAUUGGAUACUUGAAAAAAUUACAAUAAAAUCAAUAGGAAUUAUAUUUUUCGAUUAAUUUUUUAAGUAUCAAAGGGUUUAUAUUGUUUACUAAACAAUGCGCUAAGUUAAUUGUAUAGUAGUAACACCGGCUUUGUGAUACACAUAUCUGUCUUUGACUUUGUUUAAUGACUUUUUAUAAGAUAUUGUAUCAAGUAAAAAUAUAAUAUCUUGUAUUGAGAUAGUUAUAUUGUAGACAGUACUUUCUUAGGAUAUUUUUCAAAUUAGGAGGAAUUAUUAAUUAUUCUUUCCAGUAUUCUCAAGAUAACGGUAAAAAUAUAAUUUUUUUUGACUCCUUAAAACCAGAGAUAAUCAACUUUAAAUUACGGAUUUCAGAGAUUAAUAGGAUAGUGUGAAAUCACAUACUUGGUUAUAAAUAAAAAUGCUCUUCAAAAAUUUAUUAAAAAACGAUUGAAACAUGAUACGAUACCUCAACAAAACGUUAGAAUAGAUUUUCACAUCUGUCCACUAUCCAGGUUUAAGAGUAUUAAUGAAUAAAUAAAUAAAAUAUAGCUGUGUCAAAUGUUGAAAAGAAUGCAUUUAUAAUAAGCCGAUAACAGUGCAUCGAUAUAAUGUGUUUUAAAUGACGAUAAUGUGCAGGCGCAAAAUUUUUAAUACUGUUGAAUGCAUAGGAUAAGGUGUGAAUGUUAAGUUUUUCAUUUUUGUCAUUGAUAAUGACCUUUUUUUUUUUAAUUUUUUUGCAUAACUGACUGCAGCGGAAUAAAUUUUACAAUAGCAGAGUUGUAAAGAUAAUGAUUUAGAAAUAAUUCAUUGUUCAGAUAUUUUGUGAUGAAUUCGAAUUUCAAUUGUUAAUAUUUAUUGUAAAAACAAUUAAAUUUUUUUUUCAUAAUCAUGUAAUUCAGUUGAUAAUUCCGUUUAUUUUAAAUUUUCUAUUAAAUUUAAUGAUAGUUUAGUUACUUUUAAAUUAGAAAUUAAGGUCAUUACUUAAUUUAAAUUAAUUGAUAGUUCAAUUAAUUCAAGUAUUCAAGUGUAGAAAAAUCUUAAAUUUAAAAAUUCCAAUAAUUAAUUUAAAAAUU